CUACCAUGGACAGGACCGCGGUGGCCAAGAUGGGGGCCGUGGCCAGCGCCAGCGUGUGCGCGCUCGUGGGCGGCGUGGUGCUCGCCCAGUACAUCUUCACCAUGAAGAAGAAGACGGGCAGGAAGACCAAGAUCAUCGAGAUGCCUGUAUGCAAGCCCUGCGUCUCUGGACCCUGCUUGCCACCUGUGCUGCUGCCGUAGGACAAAGUCAAGGACAGAAGAAUCAGGAGUGCCCUAAGCUCAACGCACAGGACUGGGGAAUUUCCAAAGCUGCGUGAACCCAGUACAGUUCCUUCAUCAAGAUGCCAGAAUUUCAGAAGAAGACUGUCCAUAUCAAGGACCCAGGAAGAGUAGAAGAGAUUAUUUGUGGCCUUAUCAAAGGUGGAGCUGCCAAACUUCAGAUUAUUACAGAUUUUGAUAUGACAUUAAGUAGAUUUUCCUUCAAUGGAAAAAGAUGUCCAACUUGCCAUAACAUCAUUGAUAACUCCAAGCUCAUCACAGAGGAAUGUCGGAAAAAGUUACUACAGCUGAAGGAAACCUACUACGCUAUUGAAAUUGAUCCUGCUCUCACUAUUGAGGAAAAAUACCCAUAUAUGGUGGAAUGGUACAAUAAGUCUCACGCGCUUCUCAUAGAACAAGGCUUGCAGAAGGAUAAGUUCGCAGAAAUUGUGAGGGAAUCGGAUGUGAUGCUGAAAGAAGGAUACGAGAACUUCUUUGAUAAGCUCAACGAGCACAAUAUCCCUGUGUUCAUCUUCUCCGCUGGGAUCGGAGACAUCCUCGAGGAAGUUAUCCACCAGGCUGGGGUCUACCACUCUAACGUCAAAGUUGUUUCCAACUUCAUGGAUUUUGAUGAAAACGGCAUAUUAAAAGGAUUUAAAGGAGAACUGAUUCAUGUUUACAACAAACAUGAUGGUGCCUUGAAGAACACGGAGUACUUCAAGCAGCUGAAAGACAACAGUAACAUCAUCCUGCUGGGGGACUCCCAGGGGGACUUGAGCAUGGCGGAUGGAGUAGCCAAUGUCGAGCACAUUCUUAAGAUUGGCUAUCUCAACGAUAAAGUAGACGAGCUUUUGGAAAAAUACAUGGACUCUUAUGACAUUGUCUUGGUGAAAGAUGAAUCUUUGGAAGUGGCCAACUCCAUCCUACAGAAAAUCCUGUAAAGCGCAGUCUCGAGUCACUCCGGUCCUUCCCGGAGGCCCCUGGACAGAACAGCACACCUGUGCCACCUUACUUGUGUUUAUUACUCAUUCACAGAACUGGUUUAUUUAAUUUAAAGCUCUUACCAUCCUUUUGGUAUUUGGAAGUAUACACGCUACCAGUUGUCACCCAGAAGCUCCUUUAGCUGUCGUUACGCUGUUCUUUGUCUCACACUCCUGUUGUUAAUGGCUGAUUUGGAUUGGAUUUGUGGAUGUGCUAAACUCUGCUGCUGGAGCACCGCGGCUCCCCUUCCUUCAGCUCCGGCCUCGGGGAGCGGCAGCCGCCGCGGCUGCGGUGGGAAACGCAGCGGGCUCCCGCGGCCCUGCCGCCUUCCCGAGGAGGCUCCCAACAACGGCACCGCCGCCGCGC